AUGGAUAGAGUAUUAGUUAGUAAUUUAAGAAAGUAUGAUAAUGAAGAUAUUUUUUGGGUUUUAAAUAAAGAAAAGAGGUGGCCAGCUAAUAAAGCCACCGUAUCAGUAUUCAUUCCCCAUCCCACUCCUCUCUUCCUCUUUACUUCUUUCUCUGCUCUCUGCUCUCUUCUUUCUGCUCUCUGCUUUCUUCUCUCUCAUCUCUUCUCUCCCACGCCACACAAUGGAAUCCACGCACACCCAAACGACGUCGGUUUGGACGGACGAGAAGCACCUUCACUUCCUCAACACCAUGGAAGCCUCCUUCGUCCGCACAAUGCUCCAUCACUACGCCGUCAUUUCCUCCCACCCUCCUCUCCGCCUCGACCGCUACCUCCCCGACACCUCCGAAUCCACCUUGGAUUCCAAGCCCAAUCGCAGGCCCAAGAAACAUGCUUCUGCACCCUCAGAUUCAAUGGGUCCUACUCCCAGGGGCAGAAGAUCGAAGAGGAGAUCGUCUCAUUCCCACUCUCACCUACACAGUUCCUUGGUGGAGCAGGCCGUAGCAGAACUAGAAAAUGGAAGAGAAAGUGGUGGUCCCGACGUUGUAGGAGGGGAUGAUGCAAAACAAAGAAAUAAUGUUUAGGGGUACCUAAUCUCACAGCACACAAAAGAUUCAUGGAUUUUCUUUUUUCUUUAUAUUAUAUUUUUUUCUCUUGUUUUAACUUCUAAUCAAGUUAUACUAUAUUUUAUUUCUAACGAUUAUCUUAAAAAGAUAUUAUUGUGAUGAGAGGAUAUUAAAUACAUCAACCUAGCUAGCUAUAUGUCGUUCAUUAUUUUAUUUGACGUGAAAGACUAACAGUGGCGCAUAGGUUUUGUUACGAGAGAUUGAAAGGAAGAUAAUUUAUGGAAGUUGAUAUGAUAGAAUGGUGACACAGAUAUUAUAGAAGAAUAGAAUAAGAUUAUAUAAAGUAAGAUUUGCAGAUAUUUUGAUGGUUGCGGAUUAAAUAGAAAGAGAGGGGUUUGAAAACUUGGCCUACGAUAGGGGAGGUUGGUGGGGUAAUCCUUUCAGGUCCAAGAUUGGCAGAACACGGUGUCUACUGUUUUCUUUAUUUGGAUACUCAAUCACUCCACCUACACCAACCUUCCAUCAUCAUCCUUCUUCUAACUCAAACUUUUUUUCUACUUUAGGUGGAUUUUAUUUUAGGACAAACUUACAGUAUUUGUAUUUUAUUUUAGAAUUGUUCAAUUUU